AUGUCUCAAAGGCCUGCCUCGGAGAAUUCCGCUCAUACGUCCGUUGGGCCAUCCCGAAGUUCCAAGGGUGGCGAGGUGUGUCGCGCUUGGAAGGCCGGGAUGUGCGCAAGAGGCACUAAAUGCCGGUUUCUGCAUGGUAUUGAAGAGCAUCUUGAAGAUGUUGUUCCCCAACAAAUUGAAACAGAAGAAAAGUUAGCCAUGGAGGCUCGUGCAGCUGAGAUUGCCAGAGCUCAUGCAGCCGAGACUGCUAGAGUUCGUGCAGCUGAGGCCAAAGCUCGUGCAGCCGAGAUUGCCAGAGUUCGUGCAGCUGAGGCUAAGGCUCGUGCAGCCGAGAUUGCCAAAGUUCGUGCAGCUGAGGCUCAAGCUCGUGCAGCCGAGAUUGCCAAAGCUCGUGCAGCCGAGAUUGCCAAAGCUCGUGCAGCUGAGGCUAAAGCUCGUGCAGCCGAGAUUGCCAGAGUUCGUGCGGCUGAGACCAGCGCUCGUGCAGCCGAGAUUGCCAAAGAAGCUGCCGCGAAGACGGUCCAGAACGUUGUCCUUGGGUCCAUCGUAACCUUCAGCGCAGGCCUUGAAAUAUCUCACCUAAUCACCGGAUUCGAGUGUUGCACCUUGCGUAUUGCAAAUCUGCCUCCCAACGUGCGGGAAGAUGAAAUUAAUGCGCUGUUCACAAACCGCGGCCUUGAUCGAGGGCGCUUCCACCUCGUCAGCGUCAAGCCCAUGCCAGGUGGUGGCAAGCUUAGUGCUGAAAUCAUCACGGACGCUGAGUCUGGGAAAGCACUCUCGCUUGACCUCAGUGGCCUCGAGUUUAGGGACGAGGUUCUGACUCUCGAAGUAUCAGGCUACAACAGUCCCGGAAGUAUGUCCGCAGCGACUGAACGUGACAGUAAUGUCCUUACGAUAUCCUGGCGUGCCCCAUCUGUGCGCUAUGUCGCAGAGUACCCUGAUACGGUAAAUGCUACUGCAAAAGCGCAAGAACUUAACCGCCAGAUGUGCUCUGGGCGCCGGGUCAAAGUCGAGAUCAACACCAUGCCACCUGGUCGCUUCGUACCAGCAUUCCACCACAACUCAAUCAAGAUUAGUUUCCUUCCCCCAACUAUCUCUGACGAAGAAGUCAAAACAUUCUCUGGCUCAGAUGGUGUCAGGCGGUUGACAGUGAAGCGAGGUGGAGUUUUCAGCGAAGACGUUGGCCAUAUCACUGCCACAUUACGGGAAGAUAUCGGAUGCAUCUCUCCUGGAACCCUAAAGUCGCUGGAGCCUUUACUACCGACUCCAAGCAUUGAUGGUACCGUUAUGGUUCGUGCGCGGUUUUCUUCUUGGGAGGACGCGGACGCAGUGCAUACCCGUCUUAUUAACCAUCGCAUCGGAAACGUGUCCUUCUGGUUCCGACUCCCGAAUCCCACACAGUACUCGAUCACUAUUUCUACUGAGCAAUUUCGCGCACAAAAGCCUUUGUGGGAUGCUUUGAUCGGCGGCAUCAAAGACAAGCGUGCAUGCAUGCUGCAUAUUCAUGAGCAGAGCGCCGUUGUCCGGAUGCGUUUGUCUGGCUCCAAGAAAGAAGCCAUUGGCGCACUCAAAGUUAGAGCGGAAAACCUGAUCGCAGGUGAGAAGGUGGAAGGGUGGCACAUGACACUCGGAUAUCCAAACAACAAAUUUUUGCGUUCGGUUUUUGACGACACAGGGGCACUCGUACGUGCGGAUUGCAGAAGACAGGUUUUGAAAGUUUAUGGAGAGUCAAAAGCUGUUGAACAGGCUCGUGAGUUGAUCAAGGACAAGCUGGAGCAGCUCUCGUCCCUCGAGUAUACCAAAAUACUCGCGAAGCAGUCCGUUCGAUUUUUCAUCGCACGUGGAAUACCAGAGUUGAGGGAAACUUUUGGCGAAGACAACGUCAAAUUCGUCAUAUCUGCACGGAGAAUCACAAUCUCUGGUGGUGAGGAAGCACGGCACGCUCUCGAGCGCUUGAUCCAAGGCUCGCUCAGUGGGCCACAGAUCGUCCCAGACCCGUCAGGACAGCAGUCUUGCCCGAUCUGCUAUGACACCGUAUCAUCCCCACUUCCUCUUGGUUGUGGGCACGUCUACUGUUCUCCUUGCAUGCGUCAUUUCUUGACAUCCGCUUUGGAAUCUGGUCAGUUUCCGCUCACGUGCAUGGGUGAUGAGACCCAGUGUAAAGUCCCCAUUCCUAUUCCCACUAUCCAACAAUUCCUCCCUCAAACUUCCUUCAACCGCUUGCUGGAAAUAGCAUUUCACGGGUAUAUAUCUCGGCAUCCACAGGAAUUCAAGUAUUGCAAGACACCAGAUUGCAAUCAGAUCUACCGCUCCACCGACCCCAGCACUGCGGUCGCAGGCCAGUGCCCUUCAUGUUUCUCAAAUAUAUGUACAUCGUGCCAUGAUGACGCCCAUGACGGCAUGGACUGUGUCGAAAACAAGCGGCAGGCCGGACGCGUUGCUGAGGAGCGAGAGACGGAAGCAUGGCUGGCAGCUCAUGGCGGGCGCGUGAAGAAAUGCCCGACUUGUCAAGCACUUAUCGAGAAAGUGGAUGGCUGCAAUCAUAUGACUUGCACACUGUGCGACAGCCAUAUUUGUUGGCGAUGCAUGGGCGUCUUUUCUGCUAGCACCAUCUAUCCGCACAUGAACAGGGAUCAUGGCACGAUCUACGAUGAGAAUCCAGUCAACGAGGCUGUCAAUGUACAGGAACAGCAGUGGCUGUUCGGAUUGGCAGCGCAGCAACGUCAGCAGCAGGAAGAACUGCGUGAUUGGCGGGUCGAGCAGGCGCGAUUCGAAGAGCGGCAACGGAGGGAGGCCGAUGCCGCGAUUAGAGAAGAGGCAGAAAGACGGGCAGCGAUAGCGAGACGAGAAGCAAUCAGAGGCGAGCAGGCGAGACUAGAAGCAGUAAGGCGUGAGCAGGCGAGACUAGAAGACGUGAGGCGAGACGAAGCGAGACGACGUGCUACUUGGCAAGACCAUGAGACUCAGUACCAACAAAUGCGUCAAAGGGAGAGAGCGAGGGCCCAAGCGCAGCAAGAGGAACGAUCGUCGAGCUGGGGUUGCACUAUCAUGUAA